UGGUCACCCGAAUAUCUUUUCAUUAGAAUAGACAAUCUUUGAAUAUAGUCAGCCUGGAACGCGACCACGGAUUCUUUACAGCAUGCGCCAUUAGAUGAGCGCGGGGAACAAGACGCAGCAACAGUAUUUUCGAACUCGCAUACAUUUUUCUCAGCACAUCAAGGUUAUUUAAAUUGUUGUCUGUUUACACAGUAUCUACUGCUUUGGGGUAUCAAAACCCACAUUUGAAGUUACAUGUAGCUAUUGUUUGUUUGCUAUUAGCAACGCGGAAGGAAAACGACUAGAGGCCUACUCGCUAACGUUAGCUAGUUUGUGGCAACAAGAAAACGCAACAAGAAACCCUCAGGAGUCCGUCUUGUUUGAGAAGAAACAACAUUUUUCAGUGCUCCAUCAUCAUGGCUGAUGACUUUGAUAUAGAAGCAAUGCUUGAGGCUCCGUAUAGAAAGACUUGCCUAACGAUAUCUCACCUCUACUUCCAUGAAUUCCAGUGUGAUCUGUCAAAAAAUGAAGGCUUCUUUUUUACUUCAUUGGGCUUUAAUGUGGUGGUUAGCAACCAACUUUACGGUGCAUUACUACAACCGACUGAAGUGUGGACGUCAGUUCAUCUUUCAAUCACCCACGUGGGAUGAGAUCAAGCCCAGUAGUCCCAAUGGCCAUGAGGAACGCAGCAAGAAGAAAAAGAAGAGCAGGAGCCGAAGCAAAGACCGGAAGAGAAGCAAGAGCCGUGAUCGCAAGAAGAGCCAUGACCACAAGAGGAGCCGCAGCCGCGAGCGAAAGCGGAGCCGCAGCAAGGAGAGGCGCCGGAGCCGCACUCGGAGCAGGGAGCGCAGCGGCCGCUACAGGGACCACAAGACUACCUUCUCUGGGCCGAAAUUUAACGGUGGUUCCAGAGGGAAGAUUGGCCCUCCACCUGUCAUCAAGCUAAGCCGAAGGCGUUCCAGAAGCCGAAGCCCUUUCAAGAAAGAGAAGAGUCCUGUGAGGCAGCCAAUUGACAACCUGACUCCAGAGGAAAGGGAUGCUCGCACUGUGUUUUGCAUGCAGCUGGCAGCCAGAAUCCGUCCACGAGACCUGGAAGAGUUCUUCUCUGCAGUGGGAAAAGUGAGAGAUGUGCGCAUGAUCUCUGACAGAAAUUCGAGGAGGUCGAAGGGGAUAGCUUACAUUGAGUUUGUGGAGGCCAACUCUGUGCCGCUGGCUAUAGGAUUGUCUGGUCAGCGACUUCUGGGGGUGCCAAUCAUUGUUCAGGCCUCGCAGGUAAUGGCUGAAAAAAACAGGGCUGCUGCCAUGGCCAACAACCUGCAGAAGGGCAACGCUGGCCCGAUGAGGCUCUACGUCGGAUCCUUACACUUUAACAUCACAGAGGAGAUGCUGAGAGGAAUUUUUGAGCCUUUUGGAAGGAUUGAGAGUAUUCAGCUCAUGAUGGACAGUGAGACUGGAAGAUCUAAAGGAUAUGGCUUCAUCACUUUCUCGGACGCAGAGUGUGCCAAGAAGGCCCUGGAGCAGUUGAACGGGUUUGAGCUGGCCGGCCGGCCCAUGAAGGUGGGCCAUGUCACGGAGCGCACAGAUGCCUCCACCGCCAGUUCAUUCCUGGACAGCGACGAGCUGGAGAGGACGGGCAUUGACCUAGGCACAACCGGGCGUCUGCAGCUCAUGGCCAGACUGGCUGAAGGCACGGGACUGCAAAUUCCUCCAGCCGCACAGCAAGCCCUACAGAUGAGUGGGGCCAUUGCUAUUGGUGCCAUGGCUGCUGUAUCAGCUGCCAUGAAUCCUGCUAUGAACAUGAACAUGAAUAUGAACAUGAAUACAGCUAUGAACUUGCCAUCCCAGCCACUUGCUACACACUGUUUCCAGCUGUCUAACAUGUUCAACCCUCAGUCUGAAGAUGACCCAGGCUGGGAUGUUGACAUUCAGCAUGAUGUCAUUGAGGAAUGCAACAAACAUGGAGGAGUUGUGCACAUAUACGUCGAUAAGAAUUCCACUGAAGGCAACGUGUAUGUGAAAUGUCCAACCAUUCCUGCUGCCAUGGCUGCAGUAAACGCAUUACAUGGUCGAUAUUUUGCAGGUAAAAUGAUCACAGCGGCAUACGUCCCUCUCCCGACAUAUCAUAACCUUUUUCCUGAUUCUGUGACAGCUACCCAGCUCCUCAUCCCUCCUGCUCGCCGAUGAUCUCUCAGCGAGACACAAACUGAUUUGUUGGACACUGUAUAAUUGAUUAUUUUCUCUUUUUAAAAGUUUGACAUUUUGUCUAUGGUCUGUUUUUCAUUCCUGCAAGUUAUGGCAGUAUGUUUUUCUUUUGUUAGUAGAUGAAGUAAGAAUUAUUAUUUUUUUUUCAGUACAUUUUUUUUUUUGUUGAGACUUACCUUGCGUUGGUGGCAAAAAGAAUCAAAGCUUUAUUUGCGUAGCCACAUCCAAGUGUUGGACAGUGUUGGAGUUUCAGCCAGUCUAAUAAAGGGAUUAUAGUCCCUGAAGAGUUUAUUGGUGGAUCUGGACAAUUUACCAUUUUAUCUUUUGUAAAAUGUAUUCUUGUUCAUACAUUGUCUUGUGCUUGAUCGCUUUGAUGGGCAUGUUUUCCCUGAAGUGUAUAACUUAGACACCCAGACACAAAAGAGGAUAUUGAUUAUUUUUGGAGAAGAAAUACAAUUCGAACAUUGCAGUUUCAAUUAUACAUCAGAAUAUUAUUCAAUGUUUUAAGCUCCAUGAGCUCUGAAAACGUAAUGACUGAUUUCAGUUGUGCUCAUUUAGAGACAUUUGGUUUUUCAGUAUCUGUUUUCUAAUCAAGAUUUGAUUUUGUAUAGACCUUGAUUAAAAUGUAUUUUAAAGUCA